UUUUUUCUAAAGACAGAGGUUUUAAACUUUAAAUUGUUAGUGGGAAACGGAUUGGGAUAUCCAAGUGAUGAACUUGGAACCAGAAAGAACCAGUAAUUCAAUUCCAAGGCGGAAGCAGAGGCAGUAACAGGACUCUACUCGCAGAAGUGGCUUGCUAAAGCUCGAGAAGAAACUAUUAUGAGUUUCUCCAUCAAAUUCGCCGUCGCCCAACCUGCUCAAUCCAUUGUCUUUCCUUCCCGAACCUCCAAUUACCAGAUUAGGAAUUUGGCUUUAACACCACCACAUUCUGCCACCCAAAAUCCUAUUACGGCCGCCGGUAUCAAAAUUUCUAAUCCCCAGCUUCAAAUUCAGCCACUUGUUGAUCUCCUGCGUUAUUGUGUGGACAUAAGGUUUCUGAAACAAGCAAAGACUAUUCAUGGGUUUCUGUUAAAAUCACAAUUUUCAAACCGAGACUCUCUGGUCUUGCUUAAUCAUGUUGCUCACGCUUACUCGAAAUGCUCUGAUAUCGGUGCCGCAUGUCGCCUGUUUGAUCAAAUGUCCCAGAGAAACAUAUUUUCUUGGACUGUCAUAAUUGUUGGAUUAGCUGAGAAUGGUUUGUUCCUCGAUGGGUUUGAGUUCUUCUGUGAAAUGCAGAAUCAGGGAAUUUUCCCGGAUCAGUUUGCUUAUUCUGGUAUUGUGAAGAUAUGUAUUGGUCUGGAGUCCAUUGAAUUGGGCAGAAUGGUCCAUGCCCAGAUUGUUAGUAGAGGUUUUGCAUCUCAUACUUUUGUAUCUACUGCUCUUCUCGAUAUGUAUUCGAAGUUACAAAAGAUCGAGGAUUCGUACAAGGUGUUUAACACCAUGACUGAAGUUAAUGUGGUCUCAUGGAAUGCUAUGAUAUCAGGGUUUGCAUCAAACAGUCUUUACUCAGAGGCAUUUGAUCAUUUUCUCAGAAUGAAGGGAGAAGGAGCAAUGCCUGAUGCACAUACAUUUAUCGGUGUUGCAAAAGCUAUCGGGAUGUUACGGGAUGUGAGCAAGGCAAAAGAAGUUAGUCAUUAUGCUUCUAAGUUGGGUGUAGACUCUAAUACUCUCGUGGGAACUGCUCUCAUUGAUAUGCAUUCUAAAUGUGGAUCUUUGCAAGAGGCAAGAUCUAUCUUUGACUCUCAUUUCACGAACUGUGGGGUUAAUGCACCAUGGAAUGCAAUGAUUUCGGGAUAUUUACAGAGUGAGUGUAAUGGAAAAGCCUUGGAAUUCUUUGCCAAAAUGAAUCAAAAUGACAUUCACUUGGACCACUACACUUACUGUAGUGUAUUUAAUGCCAUAGCUGCUUUGAAGUGUUUGUCGACGGGAAAGAAGGUUCAUGCCAGGGCUAUAAAAUCAGGAUUUGAAGUGAAUCAUAUAAGUAUAUCCAAUGCAGUGGCAAAUGCCUAUGCUAAAUGUGGAUCCCUUGAUGAUGUAAGGAAGGUGUUAUACAGGAUGGAAGAAAGAGAUUUAGUAUCUUGGACCACCUUAGUGACUGCCUACUCUCAAUAUUCUGAAUGGGAUAAAGCAAUAGAGAUCUUCUCAAAUAUGAGAGAAGAAGGUUUUGUACCCAAUCAAUUCACCUUUUCUAGCGUGCUUCUUUCAUGUGCCAGCCUUUGCUUACUCGAGUACGGUCAGCAGGUUCACGGUUUCCUCUUCAAGGUUGGCUUGGAUAUGGACAAAUUCAUAGAAAGUGCUUUGAUUGAUAUGUAUGCCAAAUGUGGCAGUCUGGCUGAGGCAAAAAAGGUUUUCGAUAGAAUCUCUAAUGCCGAUACAGUUUCAUGGACUGCUAUAAUCUCAGGUCAUGCUCAACAUGGUAUUGUGGAUGACGCCCUUCGACUGUUUAGAAAGAUGGAGCAAUUGGGCGUGAAGCCAAAUGCUGUCACUUUUUUGUGUGUCCUGUUUGCAUGUAGCCAUGGAGGUCUGGUGGAGGAAGGCCUACAAUACUUCAAACUAAUGAAGGAAACCUAUGGUUUGGAGCCGGAGAUGGAGCAUUAUUCCUGUAUCGUUGAUCUCCUAAGUCGCGUGGGACGUUUAAAUGAUGCAAUUGAGUUCAUAAGAAAGAUGCCCAUAGAGCCCAAUGAAAUGGUUUGGCAGACCUUGUUGGGCGCAUGCAGGGUCCAUGGUAAUGUUGAAUUGGGGGAGCUUGCUGCUCAGAAGAUACUUUCUUUCAAAGCAGAAAACUCUGCUACUUAUGUUCUCUUAUCCAACACCUAUAUAGAAUCAGGGAGUUACGAAGAUGGACUUAGUUUGCGACACGUCAUGAAAGAUCGCGGCGUAAAAAAGGAACCGGGAUGUAGUUGGAUCUCUGUGAAUGGUAGACUGCAUAAGUUUUAUGCAGGAGAUCUUCAACACCCAGAAAAAGAUAAAAUUUAUGCAAAGCUAGAAGAGUUGAGGUUGAAGACCAAUUCUUUGAUCGAUGUACUAGAUUUGAGUUAUGAACUGUAAGAUGUUGACCUCGAGUAAGCUAUACAGAUACAGAUUGAAGCUUCCAUCACUUCAACCAAAAUCCCUACAGGAAAAUAAAAAAAGAAUAAGCAUCAGCCAAACAUAUGAAAUUAAACAGUGAAGGCAAAUGGAUGCUUAAGAACUAAAUUUGGAGGCUAAGGGAUGUGGGACUUACAGAUAUGAUUCUCUGCAUUCAUCUCCUGCAGGUUCUGAAAUGUAUAUGGUGAUGUACUACAUAAGAUAAGGAAGAAUAAUGACCUAAGUUAGGGGAAUGAUAAAAAGUGCCAUUGAUUGAUGCUCGGUUCUAUAGAAGAUCUUUUACUUUUUGACUAGAUGAUUGUUUUGUUGGUGAAGGUUAUCACUUAUCAGAAGUCUGACCUCUUCUAUAGUAAUGCAUUGUUAUGGUGUGCUAAUAUGGAAUCAUAGAGCCUUUCUGCUUAUGACUUUACUGGGGUCUACUGAUCUUGUCAUGCUCUAAGUAGUAAAAUUUAUCAUUACAUGAAUAAGUUUGGGGAGAAAUUUCUCAAAAUCAUCAGCAGUAGAAAUGAGGACAUCUCUCUUUUUUUCCUCUCUCUCACUCUCUUAUUUGUUUUUGUUUCAACUUUCUAACUUUGUCUUUUAUCCUUCAUUUCUUUCCCUCAGAAACGUGGCCUAGUGGUUUCCUGAAUUCUAUUUAGCAUGCUAACAACUGUUUACUAUUUCCCCCGUGAAUUAGCUGAAAUGAGAUUGCUCAUUUUUUAUUAUAUUUUCCCUUUUACCAUAGGAGGAAUUUGGCCGUUCAUGAAUUAUUGCUUGCAGUAGCAGUGCAGCGAUAACUGAAGUAAAACAUUUUGAUAUGAGCUCUCAUAACUAAUUAACAUGCUUCUUCUUCCCCACCAAUAACCUCAUUACCUGUUGUGGAUGUAAUAAUACUGGUCCAUGUCAUCCAAAACCAAAACUAUGCAUUAAAAAUUUGAAAUGAAACCACUUGAUGAGAUGGUAAAAGAACAGUACUGUGCUGAAAUAGUGUCUAUUCUUAGAUAAUGCAUUUUGUGGGAUAGUCCUUAUCUUUAGAAGCAUCCCAAUUGAUUUACAUAAACCUCUCUUAAUUUUAUCAGAACUGGCUUUUUGGCAGGGGAAACGAAGCAUUCUCGAAGGUUAGCGAGACGGGUGAUGAGCCUAAUGCAAGGAGCGUGGUCCCGAGACCCGUGUUAUGGAGCGUGAGGGGAGGGGAAGAGGAAGAAGAAGAAGAAGAAGGAGUCUCCUCCUAGUUUAUGGGGUUGAAGAAGAGAAUUGCAUGGUGGAGAGGGAAAAAUGUGUGCCUUUCAGAGACUAUCCAAAAACCAAUAACGAUGCAGAACAGUUGAAAGGCUGUUUUAUGAAAGGUAUUGGUGGGUAUGGCCCCUCGCAGUGUAAGCUAGGCUUGUUGUGCCAUUAUAUGUGGUCCUUUUGCUGGAUUUAUAUGCUGGUUCCUUAACAUGUGAAAGAAGAUAGGACAAGCGACUUCCACUCCACGUCCACUGCACAUAUUCAUAUAUUAUAUUAGUGGGAAAUGGGAAUUAAGAAAAAUGGAAAUAUUGUACUGAAAAUCUAUCCAUCUCAAAGCCUACAAACCGCCCCCGUGACCUAAAAUGUUGAAAUCUUUCUGUCACCAUCAGUGGGGUAACAACAACAACACACAACACAAUAUGGUACGCUCCCUCUAACUUAAUGCUAUGCAUAUUUUGUUGCUACUUAUACAGAUUCAUUUGCUCUUUGGGCCACCCCUAAA